AUGUGUGCGUCUCAUAGGGCAGAUUUUGAAUUGUUUCUAAACCUGGAUACUUCUGCUUGUAAAGGAUCGGAUUCUAUUCAUGACCCUGGUGCAAACAUUGGUACUGGCUUUCAGGAAAUAGAGAUAAAUAAGCAUGCACCCUCUACUAAAAAUAUCGAGGUGAACUGUACACCUGCUGCGAAUGAAUUACAGAGUGGUGAACGAACUGUUUUAGAUCUUCCAGUGGAUGAAAAGUUUAAAAGGUCUGCAUCUUCAGAGUGUGAUAUGCAAAACAGAAAUGUGUCUGAAAGUUACAGUGGAAAAACUUCUUUUAAACAAUGAGUUAUUGUAUUGCAGGUUGGAUGUGGGGUUGGAAACACUGUUUUUCCCAUUUUGGAGACUAAUAUAGACACUGAUGUUUUUGUUUACUGCUGCGAUUUUUCUGAGGUUGCUGUUUCUUUAGUGAAGAGUCAUGAUUUAUAUGAUCCCAGACGAUGCCAUGCAUUUUUUUGUGAUAUAUCUUCAGAUAAUUGGAAUAUUCCCUUUGAAGAAGAAAGCAUAGAUUUUAUUAUUUUAGUUUUUGUUUUGUCUGCCAUUCAUCCAGAAAAAAUGCAGCAAGUUGUCAACAGAUUGGCUAAAUUUUUAAAACCUGGAGGACAGAUUUUAUUUAGGGAUUAUGGGAAGUAUGAUAUGGUUGAACUUCGUUUUAAGCCUGGACAGUAUUUGACUGAACAUUUUUAUGUGCGUGGUGAUGGCACUCGUGUAUACUUUUUUUCUGAAGAUCAAGUUCACAGUUUAUUUCAUAAUGCUGGCUUAGUUAAGACUCAGUUGUACAGCAGCAGACGAUUACAAGUCAAUAGAGGAAAAUUGCUUAAAAUGUAUAGAAUAUGGAUUCAAGCAAAGUAUAUGAAAAAAUAGUUUUAUAAUUAAAUAGGCAAUUAAAUAUUUUACUUCUAUUUCUAUAUUCA